UCGGGGGCAGGGAAACUCUCCACAAACAAAUCUCCACCAGACAGGAGCAGGAUAGUUUGAAAAUUGCAAAAGACCUUUCGGCGCAGAGAGUCUGAAACGGCAUUAGGGCAGAUCGGGUGGCAGUGAUUGUUAAGUGAAAGACAAGACGAGGGAAAACUUGCAGGAACAGAAAAAAGAAGCUUUGUGCAUACAGAAAGGGAAGCUUGCGGGAAGAGGUGUCGUCUUUUGGCACAGAAGUGGCUUCUGUGGUCUCCACUGGUCAGUCUGUGGUCUGUACGGCCAGCGGAUUGCAGGAAAGCGUCGACGGCACUGAUAAAACCAUGAGGACUAAAGUUCAGAUUCCCGAAGAGAACACCAGGCCCUUAAACCCACCCCAGCAACCAGCAGCUCGGCCCGGAAAACACAGAAAACUCAUGACGGCUCCAAACACUCAGGCGGAGAAAAGGCCCAACAGGAAAAAGAUCAUCAUUACAGUACUGAUGGUGGUGGUUGUGCUGGCUAUCGUGGCUGUGGCUGCUUUCUUUAUCAAGCAGUUGAUCGAGAGCAAGUUUUAUUUUUGCUCCAAGUCGGUGAAGUUCAUUCCUCUGGAGAAGGCCUGUGAUGGGAAGGAGGACUGCAGCGGGGCCGAGGACGAGUCAGCCUGUGUCACGAAGUUUAAAGCCAACUCCACCUUCCCCCUACGGCUGGUGACCAGAACGAAUGUGCUGCAGAUACUCAAGCCUGAUGAGAAUAAAUGGAGGAGUGUAUGCGCGGACAGUUUCACCCAGCAACACGCUGAGACUGCGUGCCAGCAGCUGGGCUACUCGGCGAAACCCAGUUUCAGCACAGUUCAAGUGGGUAUGCUGCCGACUGACCUGAAGAUGUCUUUCUGUACGGUGGGCUCAUCUAAACCCCAGACCUUCCAGUCCACCGUAUCAGAUCUGAAAGUGUGCAGUCAAGGAGCAGUCGUUACGUUAAAAUGCUCAGAGUGCGGGCUGUCCAGGAACCAGGACCGGAUUGUAGGAGGACAGGACGCUGUGAUUGAGAACUGGCCGUGGCAGGUCAGCCUGCAGAGCGUCGGGCAGCACACCUGCGGGGGGUCUCUGGUGUCUCCACAAUGGGUUGUGACCGCGGCCCACUGCUUCAACGGGGAGGGUAACAAGGCUCUGAUCCGAUGGAAGGUAGUCUCUGGAAACACUUACCUGGGCUCAGCUGGAGCUUCUUCUGUGGACAAGAUCAUCGUCCACAAAGAUUACCUCUCGGGACACAACGACUACGACAUUGCCAUGAUACGACUCCAGUCCCCCAUCACUGUGGGAGAAUCCCGUAGGCCGGUGUGUCUGCCACCUCAAGACCUUGGUCUCAAAGAAGGAGAUAACUUAGUCGUGACCGGCUGGGGACAUCUGACAGAAAAAGGAAAUUUGUCUCCAAAGUUACAGAAGGCUCAGAUCCCUUUUAUAGACACAGCCAAGUGCUCAAGUCCUGCCGUGUACGGAAGCAUUAUCACUCCCAGGAUGAUCUGUGCGGGUUUCCUGACCGGAGGAGUGGACGCCUGCCAGGGCGACAGCGGCGGUCCGUUGGUGUACUCAGACAGCUGCUGGAUGUUGGUGGGUGUCGUGAGCUGGGGUUUGGGUUGUGCCAGAGAAGGUCGGCCUGGUGUUUACACCAAUAUGGACCAGAUGCUCGACUGGGUUCAUUCAGCCAUGCAGGAGUACCAGUGAGUCUGGGAUGGAGAGAAAAACAGCAGACCCACAGCACAGAUUCACAGAGAUCUUCAGUCCUCAGAAAGAUCAGGUUCUACCGAAGAUAUAUUGAUUCUCACAGAUUUGUGAAGGAAUGUGGGAGUUUUGCUCAGGGUCUUAAUGGUGCCAUGAGAAAGAUUUUGCACACUGAAUUAUUUGGGACAGCAAUGCAAUCUUAAAGGAACAGUUAACCUGCCAAGAUGACAAUUCUUUCUUUAUUUAUUCGCCCUCAUUGCUCUGAACACUUUCUUUCUUUUGUGGAAAACAAAAGGAGAUGUUUUAUAGAAUGUUCAAGCUGCAGAAUUCAUCGUUUUUUUUGGUUUUUAUCACAGUUAUAUUAUAGAAUAAAUUUCAGAACUUUGAGAGUACACAUCGAAAAAAAAAAAUUCGCAAUGGAAAGAUUCCAUGGAUGUCGAGGGUUCUAUCUCGGAACCGUAGCUGCCAAUUAAAAACCUUUAUUUUAAAGAGCCAAUCAAGUUCAAAAAUAGGACUUCUGAAGUCGCAUGAUGGGUUUUUGCCUGAAUCACGCUGCGAUUUAAAGUUGAUAUCACGCCAUUUGCGUUUAAUGCGUGGAGAAUAACAGCUUGAAAAUUCGACUACGUUUCUUUUUAUGUGAGGAUGAAUAAAUAAAAAUAAUUGUUUAAAAAAAAAGAUGAACUGUCCCUUUAAAUCAAAGUGCCGUAAAAUGCACUUUGAGGUAACAGCCACAAGAGGGUGCUGUUUUUCUCUUAAUAUGUCUAUACUUGAUAUACUUGAACUGUCGUGAGGUUUAUAUCGCGUGCCAUGUCAUAAUCUUAAAUUAAAGCUAGUGCUCUUUUACUCUGCCGAAAUAUCACGGUGCCUUAACAAAUCGUUCAUAUAAUACUAAAUACGUGAUUACGAGUCAUGAGAUCUGUUACAGAGGCCAAUUGUUUUAAUACAGGCUGGGAUUAAGCGCUGUAUUUAACACGUUUCUCUUUCUGGGCUAGUAUUCUAAACGAGUCACAUUCAUUGUCACUCAUUGGCCUUUUGAUAUUUGCUCUGAAAACAUUUAAACUGCGCGCAAAGCUAAAGACGUCGUUCGGUUUGUUUUUCUUAUUUCAACUCGUUUAAUUUAUGAAUGUUGGUUUUUUUUUUGACUUGAGGGCUUUGUUGACCGUCGUGUCAGCGUCGAAAAACUCCCGAAUUCACCCUACUUGUGAAAGUAAAGGAUAUUUCUUUGUAAAUAUUGUACAGCUUUGUGUUUGUCGUGUCAAAUUCGCUGUUGUUAAUAAAACGAAGUGUGGUGAA